CAGGGGGAGUUUACAAAGAUGGGAUGGAAUGAAGUUGAGGGUGGAGAAAUUCGGAUCACGUGAAUAUUGCCGACUCUCGAAAAAAGUUCCAAGAGUCUCGCCGAAGACAUCUCCACGCAUCUCCAUCCGCCCCAUCACGUCCAACCGUCGCGCCUCUAUCUCGCCAUCUCAUUUCUACUCCGCACGCCAGGCGAACCGCAUCUCAGUCUGAUCUGCAACCUCCGCGACGUCGUGAACGUCUUCAACCUCGGUUUCCCUUCCAACACAAGAGAUGGAUCACUCACGAGACCCGUGCCCAUGGGUGGCACUGAGUGAUUUUGGAGGUGCAUUCUGUAUGGGAGCAAUCGGUGGCUCAGUAUGGCAUGGCAUAAAAGGCUUCCGGAAUAGCCCUUACGGUGAACGACGGAUAGGCGCCAUCACGGCCAUAAAAGCGCGUGCGCCAGUUCUAGGAGGAAAUUUCGGCGUAUGGGGUGGUCUCUUCUCGACAUUCGACUGUGCGGUCAAGGGCAUCCGUAGACAAAAAGAAGACCCCUGGAACGCCAUCAUCGCCGGUUUCUUUACCGGUGGCUCGCUCGCCGUUCGCGGAGGCCCUCGAGCCGUGCGGAAUGGCGCCAUCGGCUGCGCAAUCCUCCUCGCCGUCAUCGAGGGUGUCGGCAUCGGCUUCCAGCGCAUGAUGGCAGAAAACACACGACUCGAGCCUCCUCCACCUCCGCCGCAGCAAUCAGAAGUUGGAGGUGGAAUGAUGGUGGCAUAG